AUGGCUGAAAUGCAUAAUUUGGUUAGGAGAUAAAAAGAUAUAUCUAAUCACAAAAAUUCCUCAACAAAAGAUCUCCCUAAACUUGAGAGAUCAUCUAGUGAUGAAUCUAAUUAAUAAGUCGUUAAAAAAAAGAUAUUUUAGGAAAGAAUUUCUCUUCUUGACGAUUACCACGCAAGCUCUAAUUUAAAUAAAUCUGAUUAUAGGGGAUUUUACACUGCAGGUAUUAUUUUUGGAUUUUUUUUCCUUUCUGUUGAUCCCAUACUAAGAUAUCUUAACCAAGGAGAGAUCUUUCCUUUGGUUUUCAUCAACUCUUUUAAAGAUGACUUUUUCCUUUGCUUGGGUCACUGGCCUCUCUAUUACAUCUACUCUUAUGUUGCUUUAAUAUUGCAAAAGGCUAUCGUCAAAGGCUUUAACCAAAAAAUUGUUAGCGCAUUGCAGAUACUUAGCGAACUGUUCUUGUUUGCUUAUUCUUACUUCAUAAUAAUGAACAGAAACUGGGGAACUACUCACGCAACUUUCAUUUCCUUUAUUUGCUGUACUCAUUACUUUAAAUUGCAUUCAUAUAAGUAGAUGAACAAGUAGUACAGAGAAACUAAAAAUCCAUGCUAUCCUGCUAACAUAUCGCUAGAAAACUUUACUCUCUACAUGUGGAUGCCUACUCUAGUAUAUGAACACUCAUUUCCAAGAAAGGAUAAAGUUGAUUACAAAUAUGUUGUAUAUAAGAGUUCAAUGGCAGCAUUUGGAAUUCUUUUUGGCUAUAUAGUUUGCUGCGAUUAUAUUAUUCCAUACACAAGUUAAGGAAACAAAAUAUAUUGGUUUGAAACUCUAUUCAGAAUCAUUUUCCCAUUUACUAUCUUAUAAAUGGUGCUAUUUUGGGUUGUUUUUGAAAAUAUUUUGAAUGUAUUUGGUGAAUUAACUCGUUUUGGUGACAGAUGCUUUUAUUAGGAUUGGUGGAAUAGUACUACAUUUGAAGAAUAUAAUAGAAAAUGGAAUAGACCGGUUCACACCUUUUUAUACAGACAUGUUUAUCUUGAGUGCAUAGAAAACCAUAAAUUUUCCAAAAAGACAGCUCAAAUUAUAACUUUUGUUUUUAGUGCUAUUUUACACGAAUGGGUCUUUUGUUUGAUCUUUAGAACUUUCAAGCCAAUUAUGACCAUUUUUAUGCUUUAACAAAUUCCACUUUUUGCAAUAACAAAACACAUGAAAGAUAAAACUAGUGGAAAUUAUCUCUUUUGGUUUGGUAUGAUCUUAGGUCCAGCUUUAAUUGCUGUUUGUUAUUUACGCUUAGAUAUUCCUACAAUUUGA